AAAUGGUGUCAAGGCAAUCACUAGACACCGGGACACUCCUGUACUUGCUGCAAGUCCCUCUUCUCUUAUUUUCCUAUUCCUAUCGAACACCAAAAAGAUAUAUAGACACCCAUAAUUUUCAUAUUGUGCCUGUCUAUUUUCUGAUUAAUGGCGAUAAGUGUUCUUAAGAAGCCCAAUUCAUUCUUGUACAGCUUAAUAGUAUCAUCUCAAGAUUCAAUCUUUUUACUCUCAAACUCAAAACCCGUCUCGUUUUCAACCGAAUCCAAUGACCCAAUUCAUAGUUCUCAGCAACUCUCACAGAAAUCACAUUUACAUGUGUUUCAAAGGUAUGGGUUUCAAGCUUCUGAGCUCACUGAUUUUCUGAAAAAGAAUCAUUUUUUAUUGAAUUACAGCUCUUCUGAUAUUGAGAAGUCACUGAAAAUAUUGUUAUCUUUGAAGUCAUGUCCCAAGUUUGUUGCUUCAGUUGUAUAUAGUUGUCCUAAUGUUCUUGAACUUGAGUUUCUUGAGAGAUGGAAAAUGGGGUUUAAGGAAAGUGGGGUUUUUGAUUUUUCUUCAUUGGCUGUUAAGAAUGUUGUUGCGAUUUCUAGGAAAUUUGAGCUAAGCCCAUGUGAUUUUUUUCGUUGCGUGGAAAGUUUUAGGAAUUUCGGGUUUGGUAGUGAUACUGUUGAGAAGGUUUUGGAGGUGAAUCCGAUGGUGAUUAUGGCAGGUGAGGAGAGCAUUUUGGAUAAAGUUAGGUUCUUGGAAAGAAUGGGACUCGAGAGGAGGGGUAUUGAUUGGGUUUUAGGGAAGUUUCCCGAGUUUCUGUCGUUUGGGGUGGAAAAUAGGUUGAUACCGUUGAUGAGUGAAUUUAGGGAUUUGGGUUAUAGUCGGGGUGAGGUUAAGAAAGGGAUUGUGAGAGACCCGAGAGUUAUUGGGUUAGAAGUAGGAGAGCUUUCUCAAUGUUUGAGGAUGCUGAGGAGUUUAAAGUGUCGACUUUCAGUAAAAGAGGAGAUUUUGAAGGAAGGAACUUUUAGGGCCGGGUAUGAAGUGAAACUGAGGGUUGAUUGCCUAUGCAAAUAUGGAUUGAUACGCAGAGAGGCUUUAAGUAUUAUUUGGAGGGAACCAAGGAUGAUUUUAUAUGAUUUAAAGGAAAUUGAGAGGAAGAUUGAUUUUUUGUUAAAUGAGAUGAAACUUGAUGUUCAGUGGCUGCUGGAUGUUCCAGAGUAUCUGGGAAUUAGUUUUGAGAAACAGAUUGUUCCACGGCACAAUGUCAUUGAGUAUUUGAGAUCAAUAGGCGGGCUUGGUGAAGAGGUGGGAUUGAAGUCUUUAAUUAAGCUUACUAGAUUAAAGUUUCACAAUUUAUAUGUGAAGCCAUACCCUGAGUGUGAAAAAAUAUAUGGAAGAUUUGCAGAACAAGUUAACCUAAAAAAUCAGCAUCCUGUCGGGUUGUCGAAACUUUUUAAACCACAGAAGUAUCCACAGUCUAAGGAAGUUGCAAAAAACAUAAGGUCUUUCAUGGAACCACUAGGAAAACUGGAAAAGUAGUCUCUCCAAAUUCCAGGGACAAAUGCCUCAUGGAAGCUUCAGUUCAACAUUUUGAAGGGGAGUUUACAGCAUGAAGUGGCUGGGAAAAUGCAGCUUUGCCACCGCUACUAUUCUGCUAAUUAGUGGUGACGGUUAGCAUAUAUUGCAAGUGAUCAUUAUUAGCAUGCUAACAAAAUUCAUCAUGAAAUCCAGUACUCUCGACAGCAUAGUGCAUAUCUUUAGUUCAGUACUAAACAAAUGCAACCUAUCCAUAGUUUUUAUUUGGUGAUGAAGCAAGCAAGCUGUAAAGAAAGAUUAUCGAUGGAGGAGGAAAUUUCUCUUUAGAGGAUUACAGAUGACUUUGUGAUUGUUCUCCCAAGCUGGGUGAUUCAAGCUAACAAUUGACAGGAGAAGUAUGUGGAAGCCUGUUUGAGACAUUCCUUUGAUGUAGUCACAAUAGCUCUUCUUAGUCAUAUAUGUAUACGGUGUUAUCUAGGCUAUUUUAGUAUUAGUCUUACUUUGUUUAUGGUUUUAGGAUAGUUGGUGCGGACCAUUUCAAAUUCCCAUGAACAUAUGCUAGUCCAGAAGCUAUUAAGGUUCCAUUCAGUUCCCUGACUCGGUAUAUCUUCCUUUCUCUUACUAGUAUACAGCAGUUUCCUCUGUUAGGUUCUUCCCGUCUGUAAGUUGAUAUCAUCUGUCAUCAGGAUUUCUGACUUGCCUUUGAAUUUGACUUGGUCAUACUCAAUGCUCUAAAAAGAGCUAAGCAGCGGAGAGCCUUUGAGUGCUUAAGCAGAUUUUUGAUCUGAUCAUCACUACAUACUUGGAAUUUUUGAAAUAUAAUACCAUCUAUGCAAGAGCAAAGUCAAAUUGUAAUUAACAACAAUCUGAACACACAGUUUCUUAACAAAUGUAGGUCGUUCCGAUUUACAGUUCUUUAUCGCUAUUAUAUUUCAGAUGUAAAAAAAUAGCGGUCGGUGCUGCUUAAGAUUUUUUUGACUGCUUAAUUAGCUUAAUAGGUUUCUUAACAGCUUAACAGUCCAAUGAAGCGAUAACUGGAUAUUCGAAGCAUUUUAGAUCUGAUUCACCUUUUCUGCUUUCUUGAACACUGGUCCUACUAAAUUUAAAGGAUCAUGGUAGGUUCCCUCUGCAAUAAAAAUUGAAGGAUAUGUUAGAAAACUAUAUUGAGGGUUUAGAUAGCAAAGUGUGACAAUAUAUUGAGGGUUUAGAUAGCAAAGUGUGAGAACAUCCAUAAGGAACCACUGUAUGAACUGACUACAGUGAAAGAUUGCUAUGGGAAUCCAAUUUACAAAUUUCAGAUCCCAUUGCAAUGAUAUGCAAACAUUUCAGGUUGUUGAUAUAUGUUUGUAUAAAUUCUAGUUUCUUUCUCUUCGAGGGAAGAGUUGCUUACUCAUUCAUAUAUGAUUAUCACUGUUUCAGGGACAGCAUACUAGCUCUGUUUCCAUGUACAGAGGACAGAGAUAUAUGAAUACUCAAGGUUGCUUGGGAACUCCCAAUUCACACUGCUACCAUUUCAACCAUAUAAGCUUGUAUAUGCACACAUGGUGCCCGAAGUGGGAAGAGUAUCAGAUUCAUUGAAGUACUGUCAAGCAGUACUGAAAUCUCUGAAAACUGGUUGAGCACCUGAAGUGGAAACGUGGAGACAGUUGGCAUCAUCUCUUGAGGAGAGGAUAAAGACUCACCAACAGGGUGGUUUCUCAACAAACUUGGCUCCUGCAAAGUUAGUAGGUAAAUUGCUUAAUUUAUUUGAUAGCACGGCUUCUCGUGUUGUUGGAACCCUACCACCUCCUGCAUCAUCGACAUCUGGUAGCAAUUACGGCAGCAGAGGAAGCUGCACUACCACCUCCACCUACCACUGCAGCCUUCCCAAAUGGAACAUCAGAUUACAACCUGAAUAGUGCCUUGAAAAAUGAAGGACCCCGCAGUAAUGGAAGCCCAGACCAAUGAGGCCCUACUUCUUUGGUACAUAGUUCAGGAAUUCCACCAAUUCCACCCACCUCAAACCAGUUUUCAGCUCGCGGACGGAUGGGAGUUAGAUCAAGGUAUGUUUACACCUUUAACAAAGGUGGUGGAAAUCAAACAAACAUGUUCCAGUCACCAUCUGUGCCUUCAGUUAAGGCCAAAAGCAACGCUAGCCCAAAAAUUUUUGUUCCUGCACCAGUUUCCGGACAGAGUUACAGACGCUGGAUUCUGCUGUUGAUGGAAGUGAACAAACCACUCCUGGUAAUUUAGCAUCGUUCAGCGACCCAGUUCAGUCCUCUGCCCCAUCAUCAUUUAUGAACAUGCAAAAGAAUGCAAGUAUGGUUGACCUCUCAAAGAGGAGGGCAGCAACUCCUGGCAUUGACAAUGAAUUCCUUCCUGCUUAUUCCCGACGAACAGCAUCAUGGAGUGGCAGCAUCGCCGAUUCUUAUAGUCCUCCCAGUGACACUGAAAAAAACCUCUAGGAGAGGUGCUAGGAGUGCCUCCCUCACUGUACAUGCCUCCUAGUCCUGCCUUAGUACACUCGUCAGCAAAUGGUGGCAGCUACGGGGAUGAUCUUCAUGAAGUUGAACUAUAAACAGGAUGAUGUAUAUAGCUCGUAUUGCUCCUUGCAACAAAUCUGCAGAUACCAGCUUGACAUCCCAGAUGGUAAUAAAGCCCUGAAACUAUGAAGACGAGCAGCAGACAAAAGAAAAGAUAUUUUUGUUUCCGUUUUACCCUGGUGCAAUACAUAACUUCACACGGCUUACUUAGUUCCGUCUUGUAUGUUUAGUAUUUAGGUUAUGUUGUUUGUCGAAAUACCUGCAUCAUCGGCACUCAGAGCCUGAUGGUUAUACACUAUAGCAAAGGAGUGUUAGCCCUCUGCUGUACAGUACACAAUUUUGUCAUUUAUUAAAGUGAGGAUGAUCUCUUCAAUGA